CACCCCCAGUACGCGCUAGGCCGGCAGAGGGGUAGGACACCGCACCGCGAACUGCUCUCUUGUGACAGAACGUACCUCAUAUACUAAUAUCUUACCUGGAAAAGAGGGAGCAAGCGUGUGCGUGACGGCUCCUGAUUCAGUUGAACGGUCUAGCUUUUGUAACACGUUCCCGCGGUUUUAGUUUCGUGUCGCUAUAAGCUUAGUUGUGUUCUCCCGGCAUUAGGAAGGAGGAGGACGACAGUGCACCAACACAGCGUUUACAGUCGCGGCUUCCCCGGCACGAUGGGCGAACCCUGGGACUACCCCCCCGCCCAGGGCCUGUACGACCCCUCGCGGGAGACAGCGGCGUGUGGUGUUGGCUUCAUUGUCAAUAUCGAUGGGGAGUCUUCGGCCAAGGUGGUUCGUGAUGCGGAGAAGCUCGCGUCCCGGAUGAAGCACAGGGGAGCGUGUUCUUGUGACAACGACACUGGCGACGGAGCGGGACUGAUGGCAGCAAUCCCGCACUCCUUCUACUCCAGCCUCUUGAAGGAGGAGGGAAUAGAGCUGCCCGAGCCUGGACGCUACGCUACCGGCAUCUUCUAUUUCGACGAGCCCCACCACCAGGAGAGUGAGAGCCUUUUCGAUGAGCUCGUCGCUUCCCAUGGCCUCAAGGUGCUGCAGUGGCGCACUGUUCCCACCGACACCACCCAGAUCGGCGAAGUGGCGCGCGGCACGGAGCCCUUCAUGAGGCAAGUUUUUGUGGCCGCCGCUGACGAGUACGAUGACGCCACCUUCAGGAAAAAGGUCUGGAUGGCGAGGAAGCAAGCCACCCACAACAUAAUGCGCCCUGGCGCCAGGUUCUACAUCUGCUCGCUCUCCACCACAACCAUCGUCUACAAGGGACAGCUCACAUCAGACCAGCUGUGGACCUACUUCCUUGACCUGCAUAAUCCCGAUUUCGCAACCUACAUGGCGCUGGUCCACACGAGGUUCUCCACCAACACCUUCCCCUCCUGGGAGCGCGCACACCCUCUCAGGAUAAUGGCCCAUAACGGUGAGAUCAACACUCUGCGAGGGAAUGUGAACUUUAUGAAGGCCAGAGAGGGCGUGAUGAAGAGCAAGGAGUUCGGGAGUGACCUGAGCAAACUGUACCCCGUUGUGGAGCCCAACCUCUCUGACUCCGGUGCCGUGGACUGCUGCCUCGAGUUUCUGGUGAUGGCUGGCGGCCGCUCCCUGCCUGAGGCCAUCAUGACUAUGGUCCCUGAGGCUUGGCAGAAUGAUGAGCUGAUGCACCCAGAGAAGAAGGACUUCUACCGAUGGUCAGCCUGUGCCAUGGAGCCCUGGGACGGCCCUGCUCUCAUGACUUUCACUGACGGACGUUACAUUGGAGCAAUUCUGGAUAGGAAUGGUCUGCGUCCUUCUCGCUAUUACGUCACCAAAGACCGAGUGCUGGUGAUGGCUUCAGAAGUGGGCGUAUAUGACACAGAGCCCGAGAAUAUUCUUCAGAAGGGUCGCCUGAAGCCUGGACGUAUGCUGCUGGUAGACACACAGGAGAAAAUUCUGAGUAAAGAUGAAGAACUCAAGCUCCAGAUUGCCAGAUCAAGACCUCACUCAACCUGGAUCAAAGAACAGAUGAUAACCUUGGAAGACUUGUAUGCUGCCCAUGAAGGGAGUCUCACAAGCGAGCCACCUGUGGCAAACGGCCACGUUAAUGGACUGAAUGGGGAUGAUGAGAGUGCCGCUGUGAUGCGCACGUUUGGCGGAGACCGGCGGUUGCUGAUGAAUGGAUACACUGUGGAAACACUCAACUUGCUGUUGCUUCCCAUGGUGACCACCAAGAAAGAAGCUCUGGGUUCCAUGGGCAAUGAUGCUCCACUGGCUUGUCUGUCAGAGUUCCAGCCUCUCAUGUAUGACUACUUCAAGCAACUGUUUGCCCAAGUAACAAAUCCUCCAAUUGAUCCAUUCAGAGAGAAAAUUGUGAUGUCACUUGCUUGCCCAAUUGGGCCUGAAGCCAACAUCCUGGAGCCAAGUGCUAGUCAGUGUCAUCGGAUCUUCUUAGAAAAUCCCAUCUUGUCCUUACAAGAUCUUGAAGUGAUCAAAGCCACCAAAUACCGUGGCUGGCAGACCUAUGUGGUGGACAUCACAUACCCAUUGGCUGAUGGAAUACAUGGCCUGGUUCCUGCACUGGACCGCAUUGCUGCCGAGUGCUGCAAGGCUGCCAAGGACGGAUACCAGUUGCUGGUUUUGUCUGACAGGAAGGGUGGCACUGACAGGCUGCCAGUAAGCACACUGCUGGCUUUGGGUGCUACUCACCACUCACUGAUUGAAGAACGCCAACGCAUGAAAGUCGGCCUCAUCCUAGAGACGGGAGAGGCAAGGGAAGUGCAUCACAUGUGUGUCCUGCUUGGAUAUGGAGCUGAUGCUAUUUGUCCCUAUCUGGUAUUUGAGACCAUGAACACCUUGCUGGCAGAGGGAGUCAUCAGCUCCUCUCUCAAUGAAAAGGACAUCUUCAAGAAUUACGUUGAUGCAAUGGAACGUGGAUUGUCCAAAGUGAUGGCAAAGAUGGGCAUUUCCACCCUCCAGUCCUACAAGGGUGCCCAGAUCUUUGAGGCCGUUGGCAUUUCCUCAGAAAUUAUUGACAAGUGCUUUAAGGGCACUGCAUCACGGAUUGGUGGUGUGACAUUUGAGACGGUGAGCAGAGAGAUGGUGGACCGACACGCCCUGAGUUACAGUGACCGUGAAUGUGACACUUUGGUCCUGAGAAACCCUGGAUUUUACCACUGGAGGAGUGGUGGAGAGAAGCACAUGAAUGACCCUUCAUCAAUUGCAAAUCUCCAGGAUUCUGCAAAAACCAACAAUAAGUCCCAGUAUGACAAAUUCAAAGAAACAACAAUUCAGAGUGUUCAGGCUUGCACACUGCGUGGACAGCUGGAACUUGUCAAGGGAGACAGUCCUAUUGAUAUAUCAGAGGUGGAGCCUGCCUCGGAAAUUGUGAAGAGAUUUGCUACUGGAGCCAUGAGCUUUGGGUCUAUCUCCAUUGAGGCUCACACCACCCUGGCCAUCGCCAUGAACCGUGUGGGAGCAAAGUCCAACACUGGAGAAGGAGGAGAGAAUGCUGACAGAUACAUGAAUCAAGAUCCGGAGUUCAACAAACGUUCUGCAAUCAAGCAGGUUGCCUCAGGACGCUUUGGUGUAACUGCCUCAUAUUUGGCUAACUCUGAUGACCUGCAGAUCAAGAUGGCACAAGGAGCCAAACCUGGGGAAGGUGGAGAACUGCCAGGUUAUAAAGUGACAGAAGAUAUCGCCAAAACUCGACAUUCAGUUGCUGGAGUGGGUCUCAUUUCCCCGCCACCUCACCAUGACAUCUACAGUAUUGAAGACUUGGCUGAACUCAUUUAUGACCUCAAGUGUUCAAACCCCAGGGCCCGCAUCUCCGUCAAGCUUGUCUCAGAAGUUGGCGUUGGUGUUGUGGCAUCAGGAGUGGCAAAGGGCAAGGCUGAGCACAUCACAAUCUCUGGGCAUGAUGGAGGCACUGGAGCCAGCAGCUGGACUGGCAUCAAGAGUGCUGGUCUGCCAUGGGAGUUAGGUAUUUCUGAAACUCACCAGACACUUGUCCUCAACAACUUAAGGUCAAGGGUUGUCCUGCAAGCUGAUGGGCAAAUUCGCUGUGGUUUUGAUGUUGUAGUAGCAGCAAUGCUUGGGGCUGAUGAGUUUGGCUUUAGCACUGCUCCUCUCAUUGUGAUGGGCUGCACCAUGAUGCGCAAGUGUCACCUCAACACAUGUCCUGUUGGCAUUGCUACUCAAGAUCCAGUGCUGAGGAAGAAGUUUGAGGGCAAACCAGAACAUGUUGUUAACUAUCUGUUCAUGCUGGCUGAGGAGGUUCGUGAGUACAUGGCGUCCCUGGGUCUUCGCAAGUUCCAGGAUCUCGUGGGUCGCGCUGACUUGCUUCGUGUCCGUGAAUCUUGCACAGAUAAGGCCAAACUCCUGGACAUGUCUCAAAUACUGAAAAGUGCACUUGAAAUUAGACCUGGAACAAACAUUGUUGGGGGUUCAGUAAAACAAGACUUUGGACUUGAAACUCACUUGGACCAGCAGAUCUUGAAGGAGGCAGAGGCAGUGUUGAAUGGUACUGCUGACAAUGUCACCAUCAACACCACAAUCCACAAUGAGGUCCGAGCAUUUACAUCCACUCUUUCCUACCACAUUGCUCUAAAGUAUGGAGAGGAGGGUCUUCCUGACAACAGCAUCCAGAUCAACCUUACAGGCUCAGCUGGCCAGAGCUUCUGUGCUUUCCUGGCUAAGGGUGUUACUGUUACUCUUGAGGGAGACUCCAAUGACUAUGUGGGCAAGGGAUUGUCUGGAGGUGAGGUUGUGAUCUACCCACAGAAGAGCAUAUCUGAAGAUUACAAGACUGAAGAUAAUGUUAUUGUAGGCAAUGUGUGUCUGUAUGGAGCCACUGCAGGCAAAGCUUUCUUCAGAGGAGUGGCAGCAGAGAGAUUCUGUGUUCGUAACUCUGGAGCCAUUGCUGUGGUUGAGGGAGUGGGAGACCAUGGGUGUGAGUACAUGACUGGUGGACGAGUAGUAAUCUUGGGCCCAACAGGACGAAACUUUGCAGCAGGAAUGUCUGGUGGCAUUGCCUAUGUGCUGGACACUAAGAAUGACUUCUCUAAGAAAUGUAACCCGCAGAUGGUAGAACUGCUGCCUCUGGAAAUGUCUGAAGAUCUCACUUUUGUGGAGGAUUUGCUUCAUCAAUUCCAUGACAAGACAGGGUCCCUUGUGGCUGCUGACCUGCUCACAGACUGGCCAGCACAGGCCUCCAAGUUUGUAAAGGUGUUCCCAUAUGAGUACCAGCGAGCCUUGAAGCAACUGGCCGAGAAGGAGGCUGCAGCACAGCCUGUACCUGAGCCUCCCAAGGUUGAGAAGCCAACAUCUCCUGUGCAGGAUAUUGAAGAGACGGUCACUGAUGCUGCCAUGGAGAAGAAACGCCUGGAAAAAGUCCUUGACAAGACUAGAGGCUUCGUUAAGUACAAGCGUGAGACCUCAAUGUACCGACCUGCUGCUGAAAGGCAAAAGGACUGGAAUGAGAUUUACAACUUUGAGGGAGUGAGGCGAGGGUUGCGAACACAGGCUGCCCGGUGCAUGGAGUGUGGCGUGCCCUUCUGCCAGUCCUCCCACGGCUGCCCACUGGGGAACAUCAUCCCUAAAUGGAAUGACCUUGUGUUUAACAACAACUGGAAAGAAGCUCUCAACCAACUGCUCCAAACAAAUAACUUCCCUGAGUUUACUGGCAGAGUGUGCCCUGCUCCUUGUGAAGGUGCCUGUGUCUUGGGAAUCAAUGAACUUCCUGUCACGAUCAAGAACAUUGAGUGCUCCAUCAUUGACCAUGCUUUUGAGCAGGGCUGGAUAAAGCCAGAGCCCCCACUAGUGAGGACAGGCAAGAAGGUAGCUGUUGUUGGCUCUGGACCAGCUGGUUUGGCUGCAGCUCACCAGCUAAAUAAAGCUGGCCAUUUGGUGACUGUGUUUGAACGUAAUGACCGCGUGGGAGGGCUGCUGCAGUACGGCAUCCCCACCAUGAAGCUGAGCAAGGAAGUGGUACAGAGGCGAGUGAACCUGCUGACAGAGGAAGGCAUCACAUUCAAAACCGGAGUCAAUGUUGGGAAAGAUAUCUCUGCCAAGGAGCUUCAGGAUGAGCAUGAUGCUGUACUAUUGUGCAUGGGUGCCACCUGGCCCAGAGACCUGCCUAUCACCAACAGGCAGCUGGAAGGCAUCCACUUUGCUAUGGCUUUCUUGGAGACCUGGCAGAAGAAACAAAUGGGGAACAAGAUUGAUGUUACUCCUCUCAGUGCAAAAGACAAAGAUGUUAUUGUUAUUGGUGGUGGUGAUACUGGUUGUGAUUGUAUUGGAACAUCCUUGAGACAGGGAGCAAAAUCGAUCACCACAUUUGAGAUCCUGCCUCAGCCACCACCUUCCCGAAGCAAUGACAACCCAUGGCCCACUUACCCCAGAGUGUUCAAGGUGGAUUAUGGACAUGAAGAAGUGAAAGUCAAGUUUGGCAAAGACCCAAGAGCAUACAGCACACUCACUAAGGAGUUCCUGGAUGACGGGUCAGGGAAAGUCGCAGGUGUGCGCACCAUUCAGGUGGAAUGGACUAAGGAUGAAAAUGGUCGCUGGAAAAUGAAUGAAGUUGAAGGCUCAGAGAAGGUUUACAAGGCUGAUUUGGUGCUACUGGCCAUGGGCUUCCUGGGACCUGAGAAGUACAUUAUCUCUGAACUAGAAUUGGAGCAGGACCCGCGCUCCAACAUCCGCACUCCUAAUGGCAAAUACUCCACCAGCGUUGAUAAAGUCUUUGCGGCUGGAGAUUGCCGGAGAGGUCAGUCCCUGGUGGUGUGGGCUAUCAAUGAAGGACGGCAGGCAGCAAGAGAGGUGGACGCUUACCUCAUGAACACCUCCACGCUGCCUGUGACGGGAGGAGUUGUCCAGAUCACACAGAAAGGGUAAUUGCCAUGAUGCUUCCCGGUGUUAAUCAUGCUACAGCCUCGAAUUUAUUUCUUUUCUUGCAAGUCGUCGUUAUCCUGCAAGAGAAAACACAAAUUAGUUCAUGUUUCAACAUUCUGGUCUUCACUCAGGUGAAUUAACCAGGGAAUACAUGAAGGAUUUUCUCGUUACCUGUUCAGUGUAUUUUGAUAGCAGACGUCUCUCAUUGUAACUGUCAUGAAAUCAGUGUAGGAUGGCGACAAAAACCACAACCUAUAUUUUGUGUAGGAUGGCAACAAAAACCACAACCUAUAUUUUAUGAACACACUCAAUUGAUCGAGCGUCCAAGCCAACAGGAAUGAAUGUGCUAGGUUUGUCAUGCAAGGAAGAGUAAGGAGCAACAUGAUCCUAAGGCAUAUUCUUUCCCUGGUGUAUAUAUCCAUAACUGUACAGUAACAGAAUCUAGAUGCAUACUCACUCAAAUCAGUAUGCCUGACUGAUUUUCCAACCUGUAUAACCUACUAUAAAUAGAUUUUUUUCUAGACUACAGGUUUUAUUUGCACAAAAUGUAUACAACCUUUUAAUGAUGGAAGUUAGAAUUCAGAAUAAGUUCAGAGCUAUUCUUAUUAAGUUUAUGAAUGUGAAUUUUACUUGUAGAUGGAUGAAGAAAGUUCAGUAUUAUUCUCUUGGUUGGAAGAGUAACAUUCCCUCCUUGCACAGUGGUAGCUACCUUGAUAACCUUAGAAGUGUGCUGCUGUAGAUCAUAAGAUUUUAUGUGGACUUAAAAGUAAUAAAGAUAACUACUGUAUUCUAGUGCUCUGUAAAGUAAUACUUGGUGUUGACAUAAAUAUAUAUACACAACUCCAGAAAAUGCCAUAUUUUACUGCUCUUAGGAAAUGUGUAAAGCAGCAGUGAUCAAAGUUGUUGCUGUCUAGAUAGUGUUAAAUAAGAGCAUUGCCUCUUAUACUUUGGACUUUAGUGGUAAGAAGGAAAGCCUAUGUUGGAAGAAAGGAUAAGUUACACGGUUCAUGGCUGAUUGAUAAAUGCAAUAUGUAAUGUAUUCAGAAAUCAUUGCAGGCACACGUUGCAAAACAUUGGCACGUGUUAACUUCAUCUGCCUCCAACAGUUAACAUUAUGCAUUACUUGAAUUUGUAGUUAAUAUUAUAAGUAACAUGACAAAUCCUCCUUCCUCAUUAAGUAGACAAAUUAAAAGUCCAAAAGUAAAGUGAAUGGUUGUUACCAUACAUGAGCAAACAUAUCAGACUAUACUUAAAUAUUUACAACAUAAGUUGUACAGAAAUAUCCUUUUUGGAAAAAAAAAAACAAUUCAUGCAAAUUAGUACAGUGUUUGUGUGCAGGUAACAAAGGCAUGUUAUUGAAUUUUCUGCAAUAACUAUUUAUCUUAAGAUUAUUCAGAGAAAUUCAAGUGAUAUCUUGAGGCAGGACUUGACACUUUCUUACUCUUGACUCCUCUGUCACCAUCACUCCCACCACCACUGUGCUUUGGAUGUUGUUGCAUCAUCAAGCAAUACAUUAAAAUGUCACUCAGAAUAAUAUUUUCAGACAUUUUUAAGAGGAGUAUAGUUCUAGAACUAUGAAAUUUAUAUAUAUAUAUAUAUAUAUAUAUAUAUAUAUAUAUAUAUAUAUAUAUAUAUAUAUAUAUAUAUAUAUAUAUAUAUAUAUAUAUAUAUAUAUAUAUAUAAUAAAUUUAAGCCGUCUAUUCGUGUCUUAUCAUAAUAUUAAGCAUCAUUCAUUUUGCUUCCUUUAUUGCUUCAUAAAUGCACAUUACCAGUGUAUGAAAUCUAGUACCUAAGACAGCCACUUGGCAAAAUUUGAGUGUAAGGAGUUGUGGUGACAGAAGAAUUAAUAAUACAUUGUGACAUGUAUUAUACUGUAUUCUCAAAUAAGCAUUGAUGUGAUUCAUUAGUCCACUGUCUUGUGUACCAUUGUUACAGUCUGCAUAUUUCCACUGCCAAGCAGCCUGUGUUUUGAGAUGCCAUUGCCACAGCAUGGAGUCCCAAGACUGCAAAGUUGAUGUGCAUUAUUUUUAUUAUAUAUUUAAUUUUUGAGAACUGAAGGAUUACUUCAUGCUUUGAUUGAGAGCUUUAUUUUGUACUAUAAUUAUUAUUCAUAGGAAAUUCCGUCUGUGUUGUCUUUUGUCCAUAAGUACUCCACUCCCAAUCUGUUACUGUAAGUCAGAAUGACAUGAAGCUCAUUUAAUGUGUAUCUAGGGAGCUGCAGCUCUGUCAACUGCAUGUGAUAGCGAUGCCUGGUCAAUGCGAAACAUUGUCUUCCAUAAAUUAUGGUAGAUAAGAUAACAGUAUUGAGUGUCGUGUCUAUUGAUAUCCAGUUGUGGUAUGUUGAUGUUAGAAGCGUCCAAGACAGGAGGAGGCUACAUGUCCUCAUACACUGAAUCUACAUGUUGCCCUUCUCAAGCACACACUAAGCUACAGUGCAUUUUAUUUUUAUUAAACUUUUUCUUUGACAUUUAGAUCAUAUAGUAUGUGCACAACGACAAAUUGCAGCAACAUUAAAGCAAUUACUUUCAAUAUGUUUCUUUAACCAGAAUUGCUUAAUAGUGAAAAUCUUUUAUUUAUUCAAAAAGCAUCCAAAUAAGAGUUUUUAGUAAAAUUUUGUCAGUUGUUGCUGGGCAGUUAAUAAUUAUCAUCCAGUGUGAACUACUCAGUUCUCCUCCUAUAAAUAGAUAGGUAUACCUCUGUAUAUGAUACUAUCAAUAAAAGCAAAUAAAA